AUGGAGAGACUAGUAAAUCGCCGGCUACAAGCUCUUCUGGAUCAAGAUAACCGUCUCGACCCAAGGCAAUAUGCCUUCCUCCCUGGUCGAUCAACCGAUGAUUACUUUGGCACCCUUGAAACCCUCCUGGACGAAUCCCUUAAUGAAAACCGGCAUAUCGAAGUUCUCUCCCUCGAUCUAGCUAAAGCGUUCGAUAAAGUCGACCGAACCACUAUCAUCAAUAACCUUAUCAGCUGGGACGUGAAAGGGAACAUGAUCCAAUACAUACGAAGCUUCCUUUCCAACCGAUCGAUACAAGUACAAAUCAAUGGAUAUCGAUCUAGCCCCAGACCCAUUCAAACCGGCGUUCCCCAGGGAUCCGUAAUUGCCCCAACCCUAUUCCUGAUAGCUAUCAACUCCAUUUUUCAACUCAUCCCAAGUAACAUCAACACCCUUAUCUAUGCUGAUGACAUCCUCCUUAUUUCCAUCUCCCCGUUUGCCCGUCUGGCUCGUAAAAGACUCCAAACAGCCCUCAAUGAUGGAUCAAAAACCGAUGAUCAUCGAGUGGGAUGUGGGAUCCAUGAUGGCUCUAACAACAGAAGUCUUGCCCUGCCUGCCGACUGUUCGGUGUUUAGUGCAGAGGCCUACGCCCUACUCAACGCUCUACGUAACUUGAAUCCAGAAGUUGGUUCCCACGUUAUCUUCACCGAUUCCGCCAGCGUUCUUAAUGCGGCCCUCACCGGCAACUUGAAACAUCCCUGGGUAUCGAGCAUUUCAGACGAGGCUCUUUCGAAGAAGGUUAGCCUUGUAUGGAUUCCUGGACAUGCAGGUAUAACGGGGAACGAAGCCGCAGACCGACUUGCGGCCGAAGGAACUAAAUUAUCUCCUCCCUCCCUACCCAUUCCUCAACAAGGCGCCUACCGAUUAAUCAAAAACACACUGUUCUACGCUUGGGAAGCCAAAUGGAGUUCGAUACAGAACAAUAAACUCCGGGAGAUUAAAAACAGCACCCUUAGAUGGGUAGAUCGUCCCAACCCCAGGGAACGCCGCGCUCUAACACGGCUACGCAUUGGGCACACUCUCCUUACCCACAGCUACCUAAUGGAUCGAAAGGAUCCUCCCAUCUGCUUUUCAUGUCACUGCCAACUCACAGUCAAGCAUGUUCUCAUCAAUUGCCCCAUCCAUGAAAGCCUAAGACAGUUCUUCGAUAUAGGCAUAAGCCUUCGGGAAGUUCUUUCCAACUGCCCCGAUGAAGAAGACAAACUGAUAAAGUUCCUUCAGAAGACCGGCCUAAUCUACCAAAUUUAA